UGGGGCAACUUUAUGGCAGUAUAAAAGACGGACGGACUGCCAGUGGGACUCAUUGAUACACAUCUAUUUGCUGCUCUACAAAAUGCUGAAAUACGCUGUAAUCUUUGCUAUGCUAGUGGUUCUGGCCAGCUGCACUGAGGAUGAUCGGGAGGCACAGCUUGUGAAGCUAGAAAACCUCCAGAACCUGGACGGAGCCGGACAGUUCAAGCACGAGGUUGAAGUUACCAACGGUAUCUCAAUCAAGGCUCAGGGCAAUGUAAAUGGCAUUCAGGGCGAAUACUUUUUGCCCGGAGAAGAUGGAAAGCUGGUUAGGGUGACGUACACAGCAGAUGCCACUGGCUUCCAUCCCCAGAUUAACUGAUCGCGUGACCUUGACUAUAUAAUAUAUUAAAGCUUAAGUACAUUUUUGUUGUAUAUAUUAUCGUUUUGUUUGUCAUAAUGCGUGCAAUGAAUGUGGACUGGAGUGUUUUUACAAUUAAACGUUUUCGGCUUUGUGAUCCACAUAA